AUGUCGAAGGUGAAGUUCAUCUUUGCUUCUGUGCUUCUUCUUGUCUUUGUUUUCUCUCAUGCAGUUAAUUCUGUUGAGGGACGAAGGCUUUUAACUACUCCCAACAGAGAGAAGAGUAGUCAUGAAACUGCAUCAAGAAAAGUUGGUGGUGAAAACACCAUGAUCAUGAAUACCUUGCGUGGUGACCUUGCAAGUAAAACCAUGGCACAAUUAGUAUCAAACAAGUUUGGGUCAGCUGCAACCCCUGUUCAUAUCGUAGACAUUAAUGAAGCUGUUGUAGACCUUGCAGUUCCAUUACACGACGAUUCACCACCACCUCCACCAGGUCAUACAGAAGGCUUCCGACCAACGGCCCCUGGUCAUAGUCCAGGGAUCGGCCAUUCCGUUCAAAACUAG